UGUGUGUGUGUGUGUGUGUGUGUCAGACCAGUCCAGACUGCAGAACAUACAUAGAGGCAAAGUUUCUCUGGGUCAGAAAACUGCUCGCGCGCUCUAAAUAGCACCAUCAGCCAGCGCGCAGCCAAGGAAACCCUCAAACACUCCGGACUUAAAUCCCCCUUCUCAGGAGGGACACACACACACACACACACACACACAGAGACGAAAAAGAAGCCGUGAACAAAAGGGCUCUGGCUUCGGGCUGAGCGCUCAGAGGUUAUUUAGACUAGUGAAGCAAAAGGUGCACCAAGGCGGCGUGUCACCUUCAUCAUCAUCAUCAAGCCUUUAUUUCUCUCUCUCUCUCUCUCUCUCUCUCUCUCUCUCUCUCUCUCUCUCUCUCUCUCUCUCUCUCUCUCUCUCUCUCUCUCUCUGAUAAGCAACCCACACAACAACAGAAGCAACAUGUGCACCAAGAUGCGGAUCCUGUGGACUUUCCUUAUGUUAGGUUCUUUCCUCCAAGGUGCAUAUGCUGGUGAAAAUGAAACAACAAAUAAAGCAUCAACUCAAGUGCCAAUUACUUCUGCUGGAACCACUAUUGUAACAUCAACAAACAAAGUAAACCCUGAUGCUACCACCAUUGCUCCUACUGCAGAAAAUAUCGCCACAACCGGAGUUCAAAGCACACCUCAAAGCAAAGAUCAAUCUAUUCCACAAACCGGUGCCACCAAAACAACUGCAGUUGGAUCCGACCAGACAACUAUAUCAGGAAUAUCCGUUAUGACAACUCCAGAAAAAACAACAACACUAGAAAUAACAACAGCAGCAAAUGCAGUAAUAACAUCACCAGUAGAAACUGAUGUAACAACAACACCAGUAACAACUCCAGUAACAACAACACCAGUAACAACUCCAGUAACAACAAGCAACAUAAUAACUCCAGUAACAACAAGCAACAUAAUAACUCCAGUAACAACAAGCAACAUAAUAACUCCAGUAACAACAAGCAACAUAAUAACUCCAGUAACAACAAGCAACAUAAUAACUCCAGUAGCAACAACUACAGUACCAAGAACUCCAGAAAAAAAUCCACUAACAGCAACCAAAAUAACAACUCCAAACACAACUCCAAUAACAACAACCAAAAUAACUCCAGAUACAACUCCAAUAACAACAACCAAUAUAACAACUCCAGACACAAGUCCAAUAACAACAACCAAAAUAAAAACUCCAGACACAAGUCCAAUAACAACAACCAAUAUCACAUCAACUCCUCCAGAAAAAAACAACAUUCCAGUAGCAACACGUGCCGAUAAACAAGAAACAUUCAACAAGACCGUAGCUGCAAACAGAAAUGGGGACUACUUUGAGCAAACUUGUGCAAAUUUGACAGAGGCAAUCAAUGUAAUUGGGAACUGCAGCAUGGUUGGAAAGAAGACAAAUGGUGAUAUAAAAUACAACCGCAUAACACUGAACGUGGAGACGACAGUGAAGGCGACAGAGGAGACAAAAGUGGAUACAAAAGUGACAGUGAAGACGACAGAGGAGACAAAAGUGGAUACAAAAGUGACAGCGAAGACGACAGAGGAGACAAAUUUGGAUAGAAAAGUGACAGUGAAGACGACAGUGAAGACGACAGUGGAGAUGACAGUGGAAACAACUGAUCGGCCCAACAGCAGGACAUUGAUCGCCAUCCUGACUUCGUGUGGUGCACUGGCACUGUUUCUUACUGCUUUUGCUAUCUAUUGCUGCUGCCAUCACUCAUCCUACAGGAAGAACCAGCAACAUCUAACUGAAGAGCUGCAGACGGUGGAGAACGGCUAUCACGACAACCCUACGCUAGAGGUGAUGGAGGUGCAGCCGGAGAUGCAGGAGAAGAAGAUGGCACUGAAUGGAGACUUUAAUGACAGCUGGAUUGUACCCUUUGACAACUUCUCCAAAGACGACAUACCCGAGGAGGAGGACACACACCUGUAAAGUGUCCGAACCCAACAGCUCCCCAAGCUUGUGUACUACAAAACACAGUGUCAUUAGCAGUCAUACCAUAUACAUGACACUGUGUAAAGACAAUGAUUACAAACAACCAAAUAGAAAAUGGAAUACAAGGCUUCCUUUUAAAUUUCUACUGAUUAUUCUUUGUUGCUAAAAAGGCACAAGCUGUAGUGAGCAUCAAUAAACACUAAAGAUAACUUAAAGGAGGACGUUCAAAGAUAAACCUGGGCUGUGUUUGCCGUUUUGUUCGUUUGUUUUGGCGUAAUUCGGUUUUGCUUUCAUUUUAAAAAUUGUAUUUACGUACUGUUGUACUGUAAAAGGAUUUUCCCCACAGGAUCUUAUUUUUCCCCACUUAUAUAUAGCACCUGUUUAUAGUGUGUUGUUUUUUAUCUUUAAAUAUGUUGGUAGCAUGUUUAGUUUAUUGACCAUGACUUUUCAUAAGGAGACCAAUGGAUAACUGUUUAUCCUGCACACAAUGUUUAAACCCUGUUCCUCAGAUUCCUUCAUUACCCACAAUGCACAACACUGACCUCUAUCUAAAGCAGCACCGUAGCGCUUUAUUCUGUCCAGCUUUCACCUCCUCAAAUAUUUUAAUAUUAACUUAUAGAACAUGUAUAAACAGUGUUUUUCAACAGUUUUUUCCUUAUCUACAAAACCCAGGUGUGAAUAAUAGCACAAGUCAUAAUGACCAAAGGACAUCCUAUAAAAAGCCGAAGUUUUUCCCUCUAAAUACAUAAUGAGUAUUUUAUUUCCUUUCUAACUGUCCUCAUUCUAACAGGACAAGAGAUGUACAGAUGUACAGUUUAGGGGCUUGUACUUUUUUCCCCCCUUCAGUUUUUGUCUCAUGAGCAAGACACAAAGAUGACAUUAAUUCAAAAUUCAGCAAAUCUAAGAUCCAAGGUCAUUCAUGUUUAAAUGCUACUACAAAUCCUCCCACAUCUCUGUCAGUUUCAGUUAAAUGCUCAUAUUCCAUUUAUUUUCGGGGGCUCCAUUUGGGGUGGAUCAUCUUGUCCACAUGAUUAAUUUGGGACACAUUUUAGGCUAGAUGUCCAUCCUGGUGCAACCCUCCCAUUUAUCCCAUUUAUCCUUGCUUGGGACCAGCACUGAAACGAACCCGGGCUGUGGCACCUCGCCGCUGGAACAGCAGGAGGAUCCUUUUCAUUUUUCAUUUUCAUUUUCAAAUUCUCCUUAAAUAUUUAUAUGGUCUCAAAGUGAUUUAGACCUUUUAAUUUCCAUUUACUAUUUUGUAUGUAUUUUAUAAGCUUGUGUUAAAACUUUGCCUUUUCGGGAAAGGUAAAAAACAGGAGUCUGAUACACUGGAAACAGUCACUGCUGUUGCAUCGUGUUUUUACAAUUUCUUUUUUUGUGACCAAGGAAUAAAGCAUGUCCUUACAGAAUAAAGGAGUUCGUUUACAAA